GCCGGCACUGAACACGAUCAUAUGGAUGGUUGUUGACGUUUGCUUUGCGUUGUUGUAACUUUUCUUUUUGCGGACACUUGGACUGUCCAAUGUCCAAUAAUCUCAUUUCCUAUUCAAAUUCUAGGUUCCAAUUAUAAUGGUGAAGGUUAUAUUUUUGCACCCUGACCUGGGAAUCGGUGGCGCUGAGCGUCUGGUUGUGGACGCCGGUCUUGCCCUGAAGCUGAAGGGUCACCAGGUGCACUUUGUCACUUCGCACCACGACCCGAGUCACUGCUUUUCCGAGACGCGCGAUGGCACCCUGGACGUCACAGUGGCUGGCGAUUGGCUGCCGAGGAGCGUCUUCGGCUUCCUUUUCGCCCUUUGCGCCUACCUGCGGAUGAUCUUUGCCGCCCUUUACCUCGUUUUCUUCAGCAACCUUGAGCCUGAUGUCGUUUUCUGCGACCAGGUGUCCGUCUGCGUGCCGGUUCUGAAGACCUUCAGCAAGGCAAAAGUCCUCUUUUACUGCCACUUCCCAGACCAGCUUUUGAGCAAACCAGGCGGCCACCUGAAGCAAAUGUACCGAGCCCCUCUGAACUGGCUUGAGGAGACAACGACUGGACAGGCGGACGUGGUGCUCGUCAACAGCAAGUUCACCUCGGACGUCUUCGCCCGCACUUUUCCUCGUUUGGCCGGCAUCACUCCAAAAGUGCUCUACCCGUCGCUCAACACCAAAUUCUUUGACACAGAGGUCGCUUUGAUUUUGGAGGAGGUCACCGGGGUCACCCUGCCUGACGACGCCGUGGUUUUCUUGUCCAUCAACCGGUACGAGAGAAAGAAGAAUCUAGGUUUGGCCAUUUUGGCUCUGGCCCACUUGAGGAAGGUCCUGGACGAGGACACAUUUGCCAAGGUGCAUUUGGUCAUGGCCGGAGGCUACGACGUCCGGGUCGAGGAAAAUCUGCAGCACUUUGAGGAACUGCAGCAACUGGUGGAGGAAAAUGACCUUCAGGAAAAAGUUACAAUGCUUCGUUCUCCCUCAGACGAAGCAAAAUUGGUGCUGCUGAGGAGCUGCAAAGCCCUGAUCUACACCCCCGAAAACGAGCACUUUGGUAUUGUUCCCCUCGAGGCCAUGUAUCUGGGCCGUCCAGUUGUGGCCGUCAAUAGUGGUGGCCCCACAGAGACAGUGCUGGACGGCCAGACUGGAUUCUUGUGUCCGCCAGAAGCGCAAAGUUUUGCUUCAGCCAUGGCUAAAAUAGCUCGGGGAAAGGCUGACAACCUGAGUCGCAAUUGCCGAGAAAGGGUGAAGAAGCACUUUUCAUUUGAAGCGUUUGCAGAUCAACUGGACGCUUGCAUUAGUGGACUGAAUGAAAAUUAACUUAAAAAUUUAUAGCCAACUUGUGAUCAAAAUAAAGCAUUCCGUUAAAUUAAA